GAGCAGUACAGCACCAUGAGCAAGGCCUGCUACAACUGCCCCAGCAACAUGGCCGACUGCCUGCGAUCCCACUGCCUGCCCGGCGACGGCAAUCAAAAGAUGGUCUACACGGUCAACCGUAUGCUACCCGGUCCGUCGGUCGUGGCCUGUCACAACGACAUGAUCGUCGUCGAAGUGAGAAACACCAUGAUGUCCGAGAGCACGACGAUCCACUGGCACGGCUUCAAGCAGAAGAACACCCCCUACAUGGACGGAGUGCCCUUCGUCACGCAGUGUCCGAUCCAGCCGGGCGAAACGUUCCAGUACAUAUUCAACGCCUCGCAGCCCGGCACGUACUUCUGGCACUCGCACAUCGGCACUCAGCGUUCCGACGGUCUCUUUGGCCCGCUCAUCAUACUGCCCUAUCCGAGCACCAACAUCCACCGGAGUAUGUACGACGUCGACGUGCACCGAAUGAUCAUCAACGACUGGAUGGUGCCCGACGGCGCCACGGCCCUGAUCAAGACCUAUCAUCAAAUCGCCGACGUCAUUCCCACGACCAUCAUCAUCAACGGCUUGGGACGAGUCGAGCAGAGGGUCCAGGGCAAUCGCAGACCUUCGGUGCUCACGGCAGCCUUUGCCGUGGAAAAAGGAAAGAGAUACCGAUUCAGAUUGAUCGACGCUGGAGCCGAAGAUUGUCCCAUUGAGAUGUCCAUCGAUCGACACACCAUGACCAUCAUCAACGUCGACAGUAACCCUAUUCAGCCCGUCGAAGUCGACGCCAUAACUAUUUGGCCGGGCGAGCGAGUCGAUUUUAUUCUCAAUGCCAAUCAAGACGUAAACAACUAUUGGAUCAGGUAUCGAGGAUACGGCAGAUGUCAAGAUACGGCUAACGCUAAUAACGGAAUAUUCCAAGUAGCCACCUUACAGUACAAGGGGGCUCCUUUGAGAGAACCCACAGGGGCCAUCGGGUACAAUUUACCACCACGAAGAAAUAAUAUGAGGGUCUUGAACCCUUAUCAAAAGGGCACUGAAUCAGCUCCAAUAAUAAACGUAAACAUUCCCGAUCUAAGCUCAAUCUCUCCGGAUGAUCCAACAUUAAGACCAAAUGCCGAUGUUCAACUCUUCGUUAAUUUCGAUUUUUACCCAUUGGACAAUUAUGACUUUCAUCGUCAAAACUUGUAUGGAUUCAAUCAAGUGGCGAGCAACAUGAGAAUUGGUUCUCUUCAAUUCAACAACAUAAACUUGAAGCUGCAGUCCUUCCCUUUGCUCUCUCAACGUAACGAAAUCAGAGCAGAUACUUUUUGUAAUUCAACCAACCUACCCGCGCGAGACUGCACCAAGACGCAAUGCGCCUGCACGCAUGUACUUCAAGUCGGCCUGAACCAGGUCGUCGAAGUCGUUUUCGUCGACGAGGGUCGAUACGGUGUGAUUAAUCACCCUCUGCAUUUGCACGGACACUUUUUCCGAGUUAUCGCUACAGAAAAUCUGAAUGGACCAGUGACUAUUGAGAGAGUCAAGCAGUUGGACAGAUUGGGUAGGAUAAAGAGAAGACUCGAUCGUCCACCUUUGAAGGAUACCAUGAAAGCUCCCGGUGGUGGUUAUACGAUUGUACGAUUUUACGCUGAUAAUCCAGGUUACUGGUUUUUCCAUUGCCAUUUUGAACAACAUACAGCAGUUGGUAUGGCUCUAGUAUUUAAAGUAGGCGAGCAUAGCGACUUUCCACCUGUCCCGAGAGGUUUCCCCAAAUGUGGUAGUUAUAAACCGGUGAUGUAG